GAUAACAUAUGGACUCAUUUAAACGUAUUGCAUGUUAAGGCCUGUCAAAAUCACUUUUAUUUUUAGAGACUGACGAAGUUUCUAUCCAAUACCAAUCAGGAUUACCUACUUCAAGCUAUCAGCUGUGCAAUAAAGAUAUUCGCCUCUACAAUCCACAAGUGUUGUGUUUUCUACAUUAUAAAAACGCUGGGUGAUACCAAACUGAUUAUUAUCUACGUUAAACACCAUCGAAUGAGAUUAUGUUAAGUUUACAACAUAAGUCAUUACUGUAGUCGCUUUGGAUGAAAUAUUCGAUUGGCUUUGAAUCAUAUAUAUUUAUCUAUUAACAUAACUAGAAAAGUCUUACUGCUAAAGAUGACUGGUAUCAGAGGUAAACUUUACAUAUUUGAAAUGGACGUAUUUCCGCGAUAUAAAUAUACAGUUGAUCGCGUGGAAAGAUUGAUUCAAAGAGGACAUUUGUUGAAGUCAGACGUGUUUUUUAAACAGAGCUUUGGAAAUGUCAGACUUGUAUUUCAUUGUUACGGCCAAGGCAGUGAGUGUACACAUUUUCUCAAAACUGUGAAAAAUCAAUUUGACGCUUUAAGCAGUAGAGCAAAACACGAAAAUGUAUCUAAAUUGGAACCUACUGUUAGUGUUUGUCAUACACAAUGUUACAGAAAACAUCCUAGAGAACAUGCCGAAAGGAUGUUUUCAGAGCUGGUUUUAUUAACAGAGUGUACUCCAACGACAAUCAAUUACUUUAAAGAAGCACACACAGAUUUAAACAUAAAUAUUUCAUCACCAGAAGAUAUUAAAAGAAACAUUAAUCUUUUGUUAGAGCGAUAUGUUUGCUCGGUAAUUGGACAGAUGGUAGACAAUGCGAUAAAUGACAAGAAUGAAAUAGAUAAAGUUCGCCGGACAAAACCCAUGCCAGAACAAUAUCACAGUCAGCUAGUGGUACGGAAGACUGCUACUGUGAGGAGAGUCGAGAAUAUUUUUUGCGAUCACGAGCGAAAUGGAUUACUAUCGAUCAAACGAAAUUCAUCUGAGUUAGAAAGUGGAUUUGCAGGAUCAGAAAAAAGGUUUAAAACCUCUUCUACGGCUGAAGAAGACAGACACAAUAUGGAUAUAUUGUUGUUAGAUGUUAAAGCGUUGUUCGAGAGAAGCGAUGUUCCAAAGUCAGAAUGGCCACGCUUUGAGCACACAAAGACACCGGAAUUGAAUCCUAAGAUUGUUAAAACUCUCUAUAAACUAGACCCCAGUGUAAUCGGAUGUGGAUAUCAGCAUAAUGUUCUUGAAAUAAUAUUAAACAGAGAAAUAAACAAAACACUUGAUGGUAAAAUAAUACAGACAUUGACAAAGAACAACAUUGUGAAAUAUCAUCUCAACUACGGCCCAUGUCCUUAUACUCCGUUAGCGGGAAUACAGGUUGGCACUCCCAUAGGGCGGUGUGGACGAACUGCUACUUUAGGUGGAUUUGCAGAGCAUGGAAUAGACAAGUAUGCAUUAACGGCUCGUCACUUUAUAGACCAGCAAGAUGGCAAGAUAUACUAUAUAAAUAACAAUGGAUAUUCGGAGUGUAUUGCCGUAAAAACGACCCCAGCUAGACGUGAGAGGGACGGGCUUGAUAUUGUUGCAGUAAGAAUAUUUCCACAGGUCGAAAUUAACGACAUGCGUUUCAAAGACUCCACAAGAAGACCAGCAGAGUCCGUGCUGUUCCGCUUCCAAGAAACACACGAACAAGAAAUACGACGUGUAUUGCAAGGAGAGCUAGUUUUCGCAUGGACGGCAAACUCAUCUGUAUCCCCAAGCGUUGGAAGGAUUGUCGUGCCCCAAUUUGAAACACCAUUUGGACAAUAUAAAUAUGUCGUCAUUGUAAAUGACCACGCUGGAAGGUUUGGGCAGGAAGCAUUCGGUAAACCCGGAGAUAGUGGGGCUAUCGUGUGCAUAGACGACAAAGACGGGAAUGGCGUCCACGUUAUCUCAAUGUUCAUGGGGAAAUGUGAAGGUCAAUAUGUCACUCACUUCUUGACUCUGCCACUACAACACGGUUUACAACAGAUAAACAUGGAACUAGGAAUUCACGCGAAACUGUGUUAAAUCGAAAAGUAAAAGAUGUUUGAAAUGCAAUAUACUCAUUUUAGUUCCAUGUAACAAACUGUUACAACUGUAUGCCAUGCCAAGAUUGACAAAUGCAUUGUCUUUUGUAUAUUUUUCUGGUUUUGAUAAUUGUUUUUUUGUAAUAGACUACUGAUUUAUCUAUUUGGAUUUUGUGCGAGUUAAUGGUAGAUCUCUUGAGAUGUCAGACUUAUUAUUUCGUUUUUAUAUACACAAAAUCGCUUUUAAAAUACCUCGCAACACAAUAGUCUGUUUUUACCGAUUAUUUUGCUGUGUUGCGCAAAAUAAAAAUACAAUAAAAUCAUGCACGAUUGGAAAUCGUAUAAUAGUUCCCAUAUCUUCCUUAAUGACAGUAUGAGUGAUGAUUGGCGUUGUGUAUUCAUUUACAAAAUUUGCUAUUAUUGUAUAUUUGGUGUCUUGUAUUAAACACAUGAUCUCAUUACGAAACACAAUAUGUGUACCGUUAAAUGGUUACUGUGUUUAUUAUAAAAUACUACCUUAAUAUGAAUAAACUAUAUAAAAAUGUGACGAUGCGUUUUGAAAACAUAGCCAACGUGGCACAUCAAUACCAUUAGAAAUUGACAUUCACUUCGAUUACUAGUUUCAUUUUGAUAUCCGUAAUGCAAAUUUUUAACCGUUUAAGUCUUUUGGUUAAAAUGAUAAUGAUUCUGUGCAUCUAUAUUGUUUACUUUUAAUUCAUCUUUUAUGGAAUGUUUAUUUCAUCUUAAUAUCGUAUAUCGACAUCUUUUUCCCAACUUAAUGGAAUCUACUCUUCAAAAUAUUCAAUUUGAUCGCCUUUUUAUUUGAGAUAUUAUAUUUUCCAUUGCUUGAAGAUGUUAAGUAAUUAAUAUUUAUUAUAUGCGCAUAUGCCUUUUCAAUACGGAUGUGAUGGAAAAUGGCACUCGUAUUACGAAUAUUCAUUUACAAUGUAAAGUUUGACAUCAUGAAUACUUCUAUUUCAAUACGAUGAAUUAAUAAUAUUUAAAGACGCAAAAUGUA